CAGAGCACACGUACGCUCGCCCGUUACGCCCACCACCCCUCACCUAUUUUCCGUUCCGUCCCCCCUGCUUCUGGUAAAGCCCUGGCCCCAAACCCCGCAUUCACCUCGCCAAACUUUCCCCUCUUCCUCCGCCCGCACUUCCACCGCCGCUCCUCGCAGAUGCCCCAGUAGGCUCCAAAAAUCCAAAACCACCCCUCCCCCACGCUCCCAUCCACCCCCGGGGCAGCGCCCGGCUCCAUGACGACCCGAUCCGGCGGCGACCACCACGGCAACGCGGCGCCCUGGUACCCGCCGCAGCGCCGCCCGCACUACGGGUACGGCGGCGGGUCCGCCUCCUUCCGCGGCUGCUGCUGCUGCAUCUUCCUGCUGCUCACCUUCCUAGCGCUCCUCGCCCUCGCGGUCGCGCUCGUCGUCGUGCUCGUGGUGAAGCCCCGCAAGCCGCAGUUCGACCUCAACCAGGUGUCCGUGCAGUACCUCCUCGUGACCCCGCCGACGUCCCCCGCGGCGGCCCCGGCCGGCGUGCCCGGCGCCGCCUACCUCUCCCUCAACAUCACGCUGCUCUUCACCGCCGUGAACCCCAACAAGGUGGGCAUCCGGUACGGCGCCACGGCCUUCGACGUCAUGUACCACGGGGUGCCGCUCGGGGUGGCGGCGGUGCCCGGGUUCGAGCAGCCCGCGCACAGCACGCGCCUGCUCCAGACCCGCGUCAUCGUCGACCGCUUCAACGUGCUCCAGGCCGACGCCCAGGAUCUCGUCCGCGACGCCGCGAUCCGCGACAGCGUCGAGCUCCGCAUCACCGGGGACGUCGGCGCCAAGAUCCUCGUGCUCGGCUUCUCCUCCCCGAAGGUCCAGGUGUCGGUGGAUUGCGCGAUCGCCAUCAGUCCGAGGAGCCAGUCGCUGAAAUACAAGCAGUGCGGCGUGGACGGGCUAAGCGUGUAGUCCGCCGCCGUCGACGUCGCCGGAGCAGCAGAAGCAGGAGCUGUAUUCCAAUGGAGAUAGAAAAAUUGGAGGGAUCUGUGCGUCGAUUCUAAUCUCCCUAAUCUUUGGGUUUUGAUUUCCUUCCUGUGCGUGGGGGGUAAAUUUUGAGCUCUCUUACCUUAGAGGAGGUCGCUGAUUCUGUGAAUUACCACUGGUUGCAAUUAGUAGUAUCAGUAUUACCAUGGUUAUACAUUCAUCGAUCGCCAUGAGUAAAUUUGCUUAGGAGCUAAGGGAAGUGGGUGUGAAAAGGUGCGAGGAAGCGCGCAGAAUCCCGUCGCUUUUGUUGCUCUCCUCCUCAUGCUUCCGCCUCGCGUGUGUGAUUGUUUCGUUUUUCGGGGUUGGUGGGUCUGCGCUGUCUGCCAUGGCCUCGUCUGGUUAACCUGGCAUUUCUGGCUCACUUCAGCCCGUAGUGGAGCCGGGCAUGAGAGGAGUUUGGCCGGAGGCAGUAGGCACCAGCGUGGGUGGUUGGUUUCUCGCUUUCAUGGUGGUGGUGGUGGUGGUGGUGGUGGGAUCAAACCGGCAAAGGUUUACUGGAAGUUACCACUAGCAUCAUUGCAUGGUGGGGCGAAACGGAACGGGAACGUGGGUGGUGGAAUUUAGGCUUUGUAAAUGUGGACUCCCAAGUCUCCAGAGCGUGGAAGAACCUGUGGAUCUUCGGGUGUAGUAGGGUGUGGCCUGACUUGUGUCGUCUACUCAUCCCCGAGGCAGGUCGGGUACUUGGUGUAUAAAAUGUUAGCUACUGACUUCAAAUCUCAGUUGGCACAUGGCAUGGUGUGUUCAUUUUUUUUC